AUGUUUGACUCCAACUCCACUCAAGCCCCCGGGGCCACGACCACAGGCGAGCAAGGCUCCGCAGCUCGGGAGCGUGCUCUUGCCUACGCCGUAGCAGCAUUUGUCCUCUUUGCGACUUGCCUCAGUGCGUUCAAGUCGGGAAGACUGGUCCUCCAACGCAUCUUGUGGUCGUUGGACGCCGUCUUGGGUGGUGCCCCUCGUACCGUCUCCCUCCCCGGGCCUCCAGGCCUGCCCAUUGUCGGGAAUCUGCUCGAGCUGCGCAACGGUCAUGUUCCCAAGAUCGCCGAGUGGACGAAGAAGUAUGGCGAUGUCAUCCGCGUCUCCCUUGGCGAGCGCGAGGCCGUCUUCAUUAACAGUCACACGGCGCUUGCCGAGACAGUCGUCAAGCAGGGCCCCUCGUACCAGUCCCGUCCCAUCUUCAAGCUCUUCCAUAGCGACUUUGCAUCUUCGGGCAUCUGGACGGUGGGCACCUCGCCCUUUAGCGAGCGCCUCGUCCGCACCCGCAAGGCCCUUGCGACCCAGAUCGCGCCCCGUCUGCUCCCCGUCUACACGCCCGUUAUCCACCCCAAGCUCAAGAAGCUCUUUGGGGACAUUCUCACCAUCAGCGAGGGCCCGGCCAUCGACAUGGCCGAGAAGCUGCAUCGCUUCGGCACGGGGCAGGUCUCCGAGCAGCUCAUGGGCACCCCGCUCGACGACGACAUGGUCGGUAUGCUCGCCGAGAACGAGACCAACAUCUUCCGUCAGCGCACCAUCGGAUCCCCCGCCCGUGACUACAUCCCCAUCCUCCGCGCGGGCGGUCGCCUGCGCUACAUGGCAGGCAAGCUGCUCGGCAUCGAGGACUGGGCCAAGGACGAACAGGAGGAGCUGGCCCGCGCCUACCGCAAAAAGCAGCAAGUCUACAUUAACAAGAUGCUCGAUGGUCUCCGCGAGCGCAUCGAGACCGGCGACCAGACGCCGUCCAUCCUAGGUAAUAUCCUUCGUCAGAGCCUGCUCAAAGACGAGGAGGUGCUCUUGGCAUCUUACACCGGCAUCGCCGCGGGUGUUAAUCUUGGAUACUCACUCACCUGGAUCGUUGGGUACCUCGCCAGCAGGCCUGACCUGCAGCAGAGUGGCUACGAGGCCAUCCAGGAGGUGUACGGAGGGGACGCACCCAAGCCGCACGAAUACGACCGUGUGGAGUUUGUCAAGGCCCUGCACACGGAGGGCUCGCGCAUCUAUACUCCCGUCCGUCUCGGUUUCCCUCGCCAGACCCUCGAGGGCGCGAGCUACAAGGGGAACAAGAUCCCCAAGGACAUGCUUGUCAUCAUGAACCUCAUGGCAGGCAACCGCGACCCCGUUGCAUUCGACAGGCCCGACGACUUCCUCCCGGAGCGCUGGAUGGACGGCCGCAAGGGGCGUACCGACAUGGCCGGCCCCGGCGGCGAGAAGUUGGGUGUCACGCAUCUGACCUACGGCUGCGGCCGCCGCGUCUGCCCUGGCAUUGACAUGGCAAACCGAGGCCUAUACUCAACCCUCGUGCUACUCCUCCACUUCUUCACCUGGGAGAGACAGCCGCUGGGCGACGAGGAGAAGAAGCAGGUUUUCCCUGCCUUCCGGGCCGGGCGCGAGUGCUCCCUUGAGAUGGACGCCAUCGCCGACACCGCGACACCUACCGAGGCGCAGGCCAUUCCGUGGUCGGCGGGCAUCAAGUUCCACUGCCGCGACCCCGCCGGUUUGAGGGCCUGGAUCGCCUCUGAAGAGACAUAG